AUGCCGCCAGGUGUCAGAGGAAAAGGAAAAGGUCCUAUGAGGGGAGGACCAUCUAGUCACGCAGGACCUUCACACAGACGCACGCCAUCAGCGUCAUUUAGCACCUCCGAUUCAAAUGAUGAUUGGAGGCAAUCUUUACAACCCAUGAGGCGAUCCGUCUCACUAAGUACAUCACCCUCAUAUCACCCUUCCUUUGGGCCGCCUAUACAAGACGAGCCCCAACAUUCUCACCAUUCUCACCACUCACAUCACUCGCUACACUCACAUUCAUUUCACCAUUCUGAUUCUCACCAUUCUUAUUCACCGGGUCAAUUUAACCCAAAUGAUUAUAUCAAUGAACCACCGGGUUAUAACUCGUUGGGCCCCGAAGAUCAUUUCUCGCAGGACAUGGAUAUGGAUAGUGAUCCAGAUCCAACAAUGCCACCAACUGGGACGCCUACGCAUCCCAUCAGGAUUUCCAGCGGUUCUUCAUAUGCAGGAUCGCCAUACCAAGGCCCCGAUUCAUGGGACGAAAGGUGGAACACCUAUAAGUGGGAAUACACCCCUUCUUUUCAUAACUCUCCACCACAGCCUCCAAUGGAGGAACCACACUUUCAGGCGGUAACUCCAUCACCAUUGCCAGUUGAGGAACCACCUCAACAACCACUACAACCACCUCCUGAGCCACCAAGGCGGAGGAGGAACGCACGGAUGUCCGUGCGAGGGGGACCGAGAUUCAGUUCCCGACAAGCUACAAGCACUUAA